GAGAUUACUGUACAUACUAUUGUAACUGUUGAUAACCGUGUAUGUAAUAAAUACUUCUAUGUGCGUGUAAACGGCAAUAAUGGAGCAAGAAAAUAAAGGAUACAUAGUCAAUAUACGAAACUAAUUUAUAUAGAAAAUUAUAUAUAAUAACGAGAGAGUAAAGAGAAAUGCAAAUGCGGCAAGAAAAUGUUGGUUCGAUUCGAAUCUACUGAUUAACGUAGUUCAAUUGACUGCCUUCACGCGGAAGUGACAGAAAUUACGAUUGGUAGGGUAGCGUUAUUUUAUUACGUGUCAUGUACGCAAAUCUGUUUUUCCUAAUUGCUUGAGGAUCCCAAGACUAAGUCGUAAAGUUCUUGAAGUUCGUAUUUGUUUAAACGAGUCGCUAAAGCAAAAAGAUGCGUCAACUGAAGGGAAAGACGAAAGAAACAAACAAACAGAAGAAAGAAAGGAAAAAGGAAUUUCUAGAGAACAAACAGCGUGUCUUCACAGUGGUGUUACCCACGAUUGCUGCCAUAUUCGUUGUAAUAGCAGCAUACAUUUAUGUUAAAACCCCUAAGGGAACACAGUAUGUGACAUGCGGUUCUGCAUUAAAAUUAUUUAAUGUAGACUACAAAGUCACAUUACACACUCAUGAUAUUAAAUAUGCAAGUGGCAGUGGUCAACAAUCAGUAACGGGUUUGUCAACAAAAGAAAAUGGAAACUCCUACUGGCUUAUUAAAGGCGCAACGAAUACACACUGCACCAGAGGCGAGCCUGUCAAGUGUGGAGACAUCAUAAGAUUGGAGCACACAGGUACGAAAAAGAAUCUUCAUUCACACCGUGUUAGCUCGCCUCUUAGUGGUAAACUAGAAAUAUCUGCUUAUGGAGAUACCAAAGGAGAAGGGGACAAUGGAGACAAUUGGCUCGUAAUAUGUGACAAUGAAAAUGAAUUAUGGAGAAGGGAUUCUCGUAUUAUGUUAAAACAUGUUGACACAACUGCAUAUUUAACAGUGAGCGGAAGAGUUUAUGGUCACCCAAUUAGUGGCCAAAGUGAAGUAGUAGGUGAUAUUACUGUUACCGGUCCCCGUUUUCAAUGGAUAUCGGCAGAAGGUGUAUUUGUUCACCCUCAUAACUUUGAAGCUCAACACUCUGCGCAUACAGAAUUAUAAAAUGCUUUUCACUAGAUUUACAAUUUUGUAUGAUCAGUAUCUGAUUGUUCUAUAUUUCUAUGAGGAAAGAUUUUCCUGAAAAACACUUGAAUUGAUUUUAUAGAUCAGAAAUUAAUAGAAAAAUUAUAUUCUUCCAUUACUGUAACUUGUAAGAACAAAUUUAGGAAACAGAAAACGUAGCAUUAUUUAUUGUUCUCGUAAUAUACAUAAACGCCAAAUAAUAUUGUGAACAAUUAUACUUUUAAUAUUACUUUUAUUAUUAGUAAGAUUGUAACAGGGAAAAGCUUCUUAAUUGCACAAGAGUUGUUUUUAUAAUUUUCCUAACACUUCUAUGAAGAGUGUGAAAAUGUAAUAAACGUAUACAAUAUUUAUUACAAUAUAAUAAAAUUUAAGAUAAUUAAAAAAA